AUGUCUUUGGCGAAGAGCAACGCCGCUGACAGCCUUUCCACUCUUUCACGGCAAAUGACACCAUGGAUCAAGGAGACUAAGCUCAGCAGUCAUCAGAGGAUCCACCAAGAGUCCAGCAGUGUGUCUACCACCAGAUCUCCGCACUCCAAGAAGGUCUCCUGCGCUGUCAACCGCUACGUCAAUGAAAUCCGUUGUGUCUCUGGCUUCCUUGACCACGUCCUGCAGAAGAAGAAGCUCCUUGUCGGCGGCAAGCUCAGCUAUGCCGAUGCGGCAUCUGUGACGGGGUAUGCCAUCAUCUUUCUUUUCGCUGACUGAUUUACCGUCGAGAAGGAGUUCGCUUGCCCUGUGCCUGGCUAGAAUGUAGCAAAGCCCGUCCAGCUAUUGCAAAAAGCCUGCAAGACCGGGAAGCGGCUAUGAAGGUUCAUCGUGUCGGGAUUCAGGAGCGCUUGUCUGGCCAGAUCCACUACAUCGCCUACCUUGACCCGCCCGAACC